AUCGAUUGUCUUCUCAUUGUUUGUGAUGUCAAUAUUGCAGAUGGCGAGAGUUAAGCAGGAGAAUGAUAGCAGUCAAGAACCAGCGCCAGAGUGCAGCACUGCAUGCUCUCCAACUGAUGAUGAUUUCAGCCAACAACAUUAUCUAAUCCCUGGCUAUAAUCUAAUAUUCAUCAAAGAGGAAGAAUAUGUUGAGCAAGAGGCAGAAGGAUGUUCAGUGGAGAGUGAACCGGAGAUGUGGCCUUCAAACUGCAGCACAUCUGAAACUGCCAAUGCAACAGAAGUGGGUGGACUGAAUGCACAUUCAAUCUCACCCAUGGAAGAGUGCACUGAGCCAUCUGUGGCUAGCAAAAAUAUCAAGCUCUACAGCUGUGCUGACUGCAGCUAUAAAACUCCAUCGAUCUUCAAUUGGAAGAGACACAUGACGAAACACACUGGGGAAAAGCCUUUCAGUUGUGAGUUAUGUGACUAUAAAUGUACUCAAUCUGGUACUUUGAAGGAACAUAUCAGAACACAUACAGGAGAAAGACCUUUCAGCUGCGAGUAUUGCGACUAUAAAUUUGUUCGAUCUGGUGAUUUGAAGAGACAUAUCAGAACACAUACAGGAGAAACACCUUUCAGCUGCAAGUAUUGUGACUAUAAAUGUGCUCGAUCAAGUGCUUUGAAGGAACAUAUCAGAACACAUACAGGAGAAACACCUGUCAGCUGCGAGUAUUGUGACUAUAAAUGUGCUCAAUUAAGUGCUUUGAAAUCACAUAUCAGAACACAUACAGGAGAAAGACCUUUCAGCUGCGAGUAUUGUGACUAUAAAUGUGCUCGAUCAAGUCAUUUGAAGGAUCAUAUCAGAACACAUACAGGAGAAAGACCUUUCAUCUGCGAGUUUUGUGACUAUAAAUGUGCUCAAUCAAGUAAUUUGAAGGAACAUAUCAAAACACAUACAGGAGAAAGACCUUUCAACUGCAAGUAUUGUGACUAUAAAUGUGCUGGAUCAUAUACUUUGAAAAAACAUAUUAGAACACAUACAGGAGAAACACCUUUCAGCUGCAAGUAUUGUGACUAUAAAUGUGCUCAAUCUGGUACUUUGAAAAAACAUAUAAGAACACAUAAUAAAGGAGAAACAACUACUAGCUGAAAAUUUGUGACUUUACAUGUGCUCAUUCAAAUUAAUU